GUCCCACGGUCCGUGAACGUAGCAGCAGCGCGCGGAAAAGAAAUAGUCAUGGCUGAACCGAUGUCUGACAGCGACGUUCAAGCUUUGAAACCGCGACCCAAGCGCAGACGCAUCCUCGACCCUUCAGCGAUCAUCCCGGUACCUGUCUACUCAAGCAAGGUUAGCAGCAGUCUGCAGCUGAAGCCGAUGAAAGCCGUGCUAACUGAGCAGAAAAAAACAGAUGAGAACUUGUGGUCAGAGUUUUCAUCUCAAGGGCCGGCGGCAGCCAUCACCAACUUGAGUGAGUCUGAGGAGGAGGAGGAGGAGGAGGAGGAAACGGAACAUAUAGAGGAGAAGACGCAGCCAGAAGCAGUCCGCUGCCAUUCUCCUUCUCCUCCAGACAGUCCGGUCAACAAACACUCGAAACAGUUCCUGAAGAAGAUCAGCGAGAUCGACAGAAAGCUCCAGGCGGUAAACUCCCUCCUCUCUCCCGAGCCUCAGGACAGAAGGUCGAGGCGAGGCCCCCUGUCUCCAGGUGAUGAGGAUGUCAUCAUAAUGAACCUAAAUGAUGAUGAUGAUGAUGUCGUCAUCUUGAACACAAACUCUGAAGUGCAGGGCUCCCCGUACAGCUCGUCGGUCAGGGAGAUCCCCCUGAAGGUCCGCUGCCGAACAGAAAUCCACAAGAUCCCGGUGCUGUCGUCGACUCCAUUAAGUGAAGUGGUGAAGCAGCUGUCGGUCAUCUUGAAGGUUCCUCCUCCUCGCCUCCUGCUGAUGAGGAGAGACGUGGAGCUUCCGACAGACUCCACGGUCAGCGAGCUCGGCCUUGGCAUCGCCGAUAUUAUAGAAUGUGAUGUCAUGGCGGCAGAGGAACAAAGUGAAGCAGCAAGCAGCAGCAGCAUCACAGUGAGGCUGCAGAGCAAAGACAGAGACGCCUCACAGGAGUUCACCCUGCACAGAGAUGCACCGUUGGGCUCCGUCUUCUCUCUGUACAUGUCCAACAUGUCAGCCGUUGAACAGAGAAAAGUUCGCUUCCACUUUGACGGCUCCAAAGUGACAAACAUCCAGACGCCAGCUCAGCUCGACAUGGAGGACGGGGACAUCAUUGAAGUCUGGAUUUAACUCAGUGUUGUAUAUAAAAUGUGAACUGGUCUGAUGUUUCAUUAGUUGUAAAUAAAACUUUAUUUUGUCAAACAAAUGCAACAGUUUAGAGACAAAUGAUAUUAUAUUUUUAAGCACAAUUAAAAAUUUCAAAAAAG